CAUGGGGCGGAGAUCUAACAGCUGGCUCCGGAGGGAGGGCCGGAGCUUGGGAGGAGGAGCCCUGAGAAGCCGGCUGCUUUGGGAGCUGCUGGCCGCCUGUGGCUCAGGUGACCAGAGGCCCUCUAGGAGCGUGCAGACCCCCCAGAGCCUGGCCACCCAGCGGGCGGAGCCGCAAUGAUCCAGAAUGUGGGAAACCACUUGCGAAGGGGUUUUGCCUCUAUGUUCUCUGCUCGCACAUCCCGGAAGUCAGUCUCACACCCAGAGCGCGGAGACGAUUCCGCCAUGGCAGAGGAUGAGGAGUACCGGAACGCCACAGAGGUGCAGAUGAGCCAGCUGGUGCUGCCCUGCCACACUAACCACCGUGGGGAGCUGAGCACUGGACAGUUGCUCAAAUGGAUUGACACCACAGCCUGCCUGUCAGCGGAGAGGCAUGCUGGCUGCCCCUGUGUCACGGCGUCCAUGGAUGACAUCUACUUUGACCAUACCAUUAGUGUCGGCCAAGUGGUGAACAUCAAGGCCAAGGUGAACCGGGCCUUCAACUCCAGCAUGGAGGUGGGCAUCCAGGUGGUCUCCGAGGACCUGUGCUCUGAGAAGCAGUGGAAUGUGUGCAAAGCCUUGGCCACCUUUGUGGCCCACUGGGAGCUCUCCAAGGUGAAGCUGAAACAGGUCAUACCAUUGACAGAGGAGGAGAAGACGGAGCACGGGGUGGCAGCUGAGCGCCGGCGCAUGCGGCUGGUCUAUGCAGACACCAUCAAGGACCUCCUGAGCCACUGUGCCAUCCAGGAGGAUCUAGACAAGGACUGCGAUAAUAUGGUGCCAGCAGAGAGGACCCGAGUGGAGAGCGUGGAACUGGUGUUGCCUCCUCAUGCCAAUCAUCAGGGCAAUACCUUUGGGGGCCAGAUCAUGGCCUGGAUGGAGAACGUGGCCACCAUUGCAGCCAGCCGGCUCUGUCAUGCCCACCCUACACUCAAGGCCAUCGAGAUGUUCCAUUUCCGAGGCCCGUCACAGGUGGGGGACCGUCUGGUGCUCAAGGCCAUCGUGAAUAACGCCUUCAAGCAUAGCAUGGAGGUGGGCGUGUGCGUGGAGGCUUAUCGCCAGGGGGCCGAGACCCAGCGACGGCAUAUCAACAGUGCCUUCAUGACCUUUGUGGUCCUGGACAAAGAUGACCAGCCUCAGAAGCUGCCCUGGAUUCGUCCCCAGCCUGGGGAGGGGGAACGGCGAUACCGAGAGGCCAGUGCCAGGAAGAAGAUCCGCCUGGACAGGAAGUACCUUGUGUCCUGUAAGCAGGUAGAAGUGGCCCUGUCUGUCCCCUGGGAUCCUAGCAACCAGGUGUACCUGAGCUAUUACAACGUGUCCUCUCUGAAGACACUUAUGGCCAAGGACAACUGGGUGCUGUCGGUGGAGAACCGUGAGGUCCGCCUGUACAUCCUGGAGGAGGAGUUCCUGUCCUUUCACUUGGAGAUGGUGGUGCAUGUGGACGCUGCCCAGGUCUUUACGCUGCUCUCGGACCUGCGCCGGAGGCCAGAGUGGGACAAGCAUUACCGGAGUGUGGAGCUAGUGCAGCAGGUAGAUGAGGAUGACGCCAUCUACCACGUCGUCAGCCCUGCCCUGAGUGGUAAUACCAAGCCCCAAGACUUUGUGAUCCUGGCCUCCAGGCGGAAGCCUUGUGACAAUGGGGACCCCUACGUCAUUGCACUGAGGUCAGUCACACUGCCCACGCACCCCGAGACACCAGAAUAUCAACGUGGGGAGACUCUUUGCUCAGGCUUCUGUCUGUGGCGUGAGGGGGACCAGUUGACUAAGGUUUCUUACUACAAUCAGGCCACCCCCGGCUUUCUCAACUAUGUGACCACCAAUGUGGCCGGCCUGUCCACGGAGUUCUACAAUACUUUCAAGGCUUGUGAGAGUUUCCUGUUGGACAACCGGAAUGACCUGGCCCCCAGCCUCCAGACCCUCUAGGCACCACUCCACCCUGCCCCAGGUCUUACACAGUGCGUGGAGCAAAACAGAGGCAUUUAUUCACCCUGACUCCCCAGGGAAGCCUUCCACAUUAGAUGUCCAGUCCUACUGGGUGCUCAGUUCCUGCUCACAUCUGCCAGCAAGUCUUCUCGGUACUCCUCGGGUAUCCUGUAAUAGACUCGGGUCCUGUCCAUGGCCCUGGCCACCCACAAGCCAGCCCACACAUCUGCAUAGCUGUUCCCAGCCCUGCUGUGGUGUACCGUCAGAGUGGUUCGAGGGGAGGCGGCCAGUAGCCUGGCCACAGUUUUGGCUGUGCUCCGGCCCAGUGGCCCAGCCUGCAGCUGGAAGGACACAGGUUGCCAGAGUCCCUGACACAGCUCCAGCAUAUCUGUGACCAUCUGCUCCCGAUAGCCACUGCCCAGCACCUCUUCAGGCCAGCCUGGUGCCACGGUGACAUGGGGGAAAAUUUCAGCCACAGCUGUAAGCAACUCUCUGCCGGCCACGUGGCCAGGGACCACAAAAUUACCAUGUGAGAUUGUGGCCCCCACCCACACAGGCCAGGGCAGCUCGCCAAGGGCGGAGAGGUGUGCCAGCGUGGCCAGGGAUGGCCGGAGAGCUGCAGGUUCCACUAUGUUCACAUGGAUGCCCCAGCGCCUGGGGUGAAUAGCCAGCUGCCGCAGACAAGACUCCAGCGUCAGAACAGAACCACCCGGGGCACGCAGGCUGGGCACAGGGGUCCCAGCUUCAGGUUCCUGCAGGCCAACAUUCAGCAGGAUCAUGCCUUCUCUGUCUGGAAGAGGCAACAGUGUUUGGAGUACCUGUCAUUAUGGGAUGUCAGUGUCUCUUGGUAAAGGGGCAGUGGAGGUUGUGGGGACAGACAGGGGAACUGGUGCCAGCCAUGCUUGAAUCUGCCAGCCCCAUCCCAGGGCUCCAAAUGUUGUGACCGGUGACUCUCAGGCAGGCAUGAAAAUUGCUGGCUCAGUUCUUGGCCUUCUUAGGGACUCAGAGCUGGGUCACCACCCACUCUAGUCCCAGUGUGGCUGGGGACUCAAGGCUGCUGCUGCUGGUCUAAGGCCAGGGGUUCCUGCUCUUGACAUUAUUCCUCCCACUUUGUACCCAGUGCGUGGCAUAUCGUGUUGCCAUAGUAACAGAGAGCGAAGUUACCCACCCAAGCAAAUGACAGACCUGGGUUAGCCAGGAGCUCUGGGGCUGCAGGCAGACUCACCAGGAGCAAUAAUGGCUGCUGCUCUGCUGCCGUUCGCUUCCAGAACCAGCCACUCUACCUCUAGACCAUCACCCCCGGGCUGCUGGAGAAGAGGGAUCAGGCUGCCACCUGUGUAGAAGGUCCGCUUCCGGGUGGUGUUCACUGUGGGACCCAAGAUUGCCAAGGUGAAAGGACCACUCUCCAUGGUUACGCCCUGGCUCGCCUGCAUCCUCAGCCCUGUGGCUGUCAGUUCCCUCUUGGAUAGACUCGAAGUCAUUGUCUCAAGGUCUGACAACCAGUAAACAGAGUUUACUGGGCCAGAAACCAACUGGAGCUAGAGCUGGAGGAUCCCAAAGCUGCUCUUCCCCACUUCCCGGACAUGGCUCCCUCAAUAGGAGUGGCAUCUGAUGUGACCCCUUGCGAUGGCUUAAGCGCAGGUGCCCCUAGACUCAGGGUCUGCUUGGUGGCACCUGGCUUAUGAGUUAGUGGGCACAGAAGAGGGUUGAUUGGCUAGGUUCCCAUCAACUGUACUUCUAUAAAUUCUGUGUGGUUUUGGACCUCCAUUUCCCUAUUGACCAGACUCCUGCUUUGUGGACAGUUGAAGCUCGGUAGUCUACUAUCCCAGGGUCAGGAGACACAGUCUCAGAAUGAUUCCUGUUUCCUGUCCCACUCAGAGGUUUCUUCCCCUUCUAGACCUCCCUACCUCUACUCCCAUGCCCAACCAAGGCUGCCCUGAGCAGAACCCAGCCUACACCUCCCCUUCGAGGUCCCCUUCCUACAGGCCAGCUGCUUGAACUGCGACAAGACAGGCUCAAAGAGGUCAUAGUAGAUUUGGUGGGUGGCACUGUUGUCCCGGAUGAAGAGGAGAUCGUCUACCGACACGGGGUCCGAAGCGCUCUGCCACAGUGUCAGGCUGUACCUGGGACCAGAGAGCUGACUCAGUACCCUCCUGGGCCCAGAAAGGCCCUCGGCUCUACUCCUGUGUUCAGAACUGAAUGCCAGCUGAGCCCAGGAGUGGAACAUCUGUCCUCCAGCUUCCCACUAGCCUCUUGAGUACCAUCCCUUCCAGGGGAUAAUGGGAAGCAGGGGUCCAGGGGGUGGGAGGAUGUGCGCACUUGGGAUGUCUAUUCCUGAGUUUCCUACCAAUGGAAGCAGUGAAACAGUUUGUCAACAGAGGAGUACAAGCCGGAGGCAGGGCAUUGUAGGAGGUUGUUUUGACCACUGGGGCCAGGACAAGAUGAUCUAUAGGACCCCUCCCGCCAUGUUCAUCUUGGAUCAGAGCCCAGGAUAGGUUUGGAACCAGAGGAGGGUGUUUCACCUCUCAGAUUGGCCCAGGAGCCAGCUGAAGUGGGGCCAGGCAGCCCGUGCCAUGGAAGCCCGAAUUGGGAAGGUGACCCUCUGAGGCAGCGCUCCCACCAUCUCCUGCAUUUUCUCCACCAUGGCUCGGGUGUACGUGCUGUUUGGCAACUGAGGCACGUAAAGAGUGGUGAAGCCAGGAGAGAUGGUGACCUCUGGGUACUUCUCCUGGACAAGCGCCAGGAACCUGCAGAGAACAGAGCAAUCCAUCUUUGUAGGCCACUUUGGUCCCUCCUUGUAGGCUCUUGUCACAGGGAGAGGGGCAGUCAGGUCUGUGGAGUUUGUGCUUGCAGGAUGCCAACAGAGCUCUAAAGAACAGCAGUGGUUUGCACGUGCUCCUGCUGAUAUCACCACCCUGUGCAGUCAGGGAGGUCUGGGCUCACGUCCCUGCUCUGCCUCUGGUGGUCACUUCAGCCUUUGAUUCUCAAAGAGACAGUGACUGUCUGCCAGGGCAGAGCCUUUUGAACAUCCCCAUGUGGACGUCAGGGGUUAAGGGAGACUUGUAAGGUGUGCAGAUCUGCAAGCUGACAGCUGGUUUCAAGUCUCCAAAGUUUCAGAUUCCUAAAUAUUUUUUUAUAUGAGCCAAGCAUGAUGGCACACGCCUGUAAUCUCAGCACUUGGGAGGCGAAGGCAAGAGGAUCAGGACUUCCUUCAUCCCCAGCUACAUAGCGAGUGCAGGGCUAGCCUGGGCUAUAUGAAACUGUCUGAAAGCAAUAAAUUAAAAGGAACUAUUUGAA